AUGAAGAAUCCAUCAAUUCUGAGCCCAUUCACUGGGGCGGGGGGGGUCUUCCGAUCUUGCAUCUUCCGCCCGUCCCCCGUCCGGAUACGUGAAGGAUAUGCUUUGGGACCGAGUGGUUGGGUGAGACUGGACUGGCUGUCGAGUCCAGCAGAUUUGGGGGAUCCCAACUUCCAGGCGGUCCAGGGGCCCAUGCAGGUGGAGGAGACCAAAGACGAAGGGCCUGAAGAUGAUGGAACUGACAACGAGCCCUAUGAUCCGUUUGAGGUAGUGGACCAAAGACCACAACGAGAAGAAGAUCAGAAAGCUCCUGAGGCUCUGGACCUGGAGGAUGUCCUUGCAGACUUGGACCAGAAGCAGAUGGAAGGUAUGGCCUCUGGAGCCCAAGUUGCAGAUCUGGACACAGUGCUCAGCAUCGUUGAAGCACAGGAAGAAAGGGACUUGGCUGUCGCUGCUGCAGUUGAAGUGAGGCAGGGCUAUGAGAAGCUAGGAGAAGUGGAAGAGGAGCAGGACGACCUCCCGCAAGACGCCACCGAAACCGCCACCAAAGUGCUGCGAGUGGCGCAGACCCGAAGGCCAGAUGGCAACUUCGGUGGAGCCAUAAAUGCAGAAAGUUCUUUAAAGCCUUUCAAUGAUUUCAUCGAAGAGAAGCAGCAGGGGACCAACUCGUAUGAGGAGCGCCAAGCGAGAUCUGCCGCAAUACAGGCGAAGCUACAGGCUGCCAGGAAUCGCUUGUCGAUCGUGCGCUACGAGCGGAAUAGCGCUCCUGCACCUGCUCCUGUUCCAGAAAAGCCAAGCCGAGCACCUAAAGCAGAAGCGAAACGACAGAAGCCGAAGAUGCCCGAGAGCCGUGAGCCGGCAGAGUUUGAAGACUCGGAUGCUUUUGGAGGGGGAACAUCGUCAGGUGCCGUGGUCAAAGAUCAGUGGCUCAUCCAGCUGCAAAAGCUUUUCCAGGAGCUUGAUGCUUCCAGGACCUCCAAGUCUCUCAUUGCCGCCACAGACAUCGCUUCUUUGAUCCAAGCUGCAUCCACCAACGGUGAGUUUCAACACGGUGAGCAAGCAGAUGCACAUGAAGCGUUCAUGCUUCUGAUUUCAAAGUUGUUGGAAGGAUGUAUCUCUUGCAGAGGGCUGUCACUCUCCGAGAAGGAGCAAAUUGAGCAAAGCAGCUUAAUAGGCCACAUUUUUGGGAUGAGUUUGAGUCAGUCCGUGAGAUGUAAAAGCUGUGGGGACAAGUCCGCACGAAGUCGCUCCGAGUAUUGCUUCUGUGUGACGUGUCCCACGGAGCACCGGGGUGCAAUUGAUGUCACCGAGCUACUGGCCACCUACACGCAAGAGGAGCACAUCAAUGAAUGGAAGUGUGACAAGUGCUCACAGGUGGGUUGUGUGCGACAGGCAGGGAUUCACCAUCCACCCAACGUCUUGCUGGUCCAUGUGAGCCGUCUUCAGCGAGGCAUUUGUCCACGGGUGACCUUUCAAAAGGAGCUGACCAUCCAGUGUGAUGAAUCAGCACCGGCCUCUGUACAAAAGGUCAGAUAUUUGCUCUUUGCGGUGAUCGUGUACCGCUCCAUGGGCUCGAAUGGUGGUCAUUACUUCGCAUUUGUGCGAAGCGGUCGAGGCCAAAGUGAGCAGUGGUUCUUAGCCGAUGACGAUGACAUCAAAGGGGUUGCUUGGACGGACGUUCAGCAGGAAGAGCCCUUCAUGCUCCUGUAUGAGGCCGCGAAGGUGGUGCCGCCAUUGAUGACCGAUUCCGAACAGCGUCUUUUGAAAGAAGAGCAGCUCCAGGAAGAAGCCCGCAUGAAAUCUUUGGAGCAACACCGCAUGAAGUCGGAGGCAGAAGCUCGGGCGCGUGAAGAACACCACCUUCGCAUUAAGCAGCAGGAGGCGUUUCAUUUGUACCACCAGCGGCAUCAGGCAGAGGUUGAAAAGAUGAGGCAAUCGAUCUUCAGCUGGGGUUUUGGAAGCCCAGGGAAGGACGAGGUCACCAAGAAGCUGGGCUACGACGAUCCCUACACACCUCCCGCAACUGAGCUAUCCUCCACGACAGCAGGGUCUGAGGGACGAUACCGACCGGACGAGCCUCCAUGGCCACCCCACCGUGAAAAGCGCCGAAGCAUCAUGGACUUCAACCGGUGGUCACUCUUCCACUCAUGCCAGUGUAGCCUGCCAUCGGGUGAAUAUUCUGAAGGCAUAGAAGAUGAGUCGAUGCAUUGUAUGUAG